GUGUAAUUUGUCAACUACACCGUCUGAUGGCGAAGGCCUGGAGUGCAUUAUAUAUAUGAUGUCUCCUGUAUUGAUCAACACAUGUUUCAACGUCCAGCCCUUGCUGAAUCGUUACUGCUGGCAAUCCCCUGAGCUGAGUAUUAGCCUCACUAAAGGCUGUAGCAACAAAAAAAACGUUGCUCGGAGCCAAAGUUAUGCAACAGAAACUCACAGACCACCUGAAGGUGAUUCGACUUAGUGAUGAAUCAGUGAAGGAGCUACUUGUUUCUAAAUCUGGAUCUUCGACUCUGGACGUAAACUUCAUUCCGAAACCAUUUCUACUUGCAGAAAACUGUGAGGUUAAGAAAUCAGUGAAAAACAUCUGCGAUCAAAGUGUUUUGCUUGAAUUCAGAAUGGCUGCUGAUAAACAACUGACAAUCGAAGACCUUAUGAAAUGCUGUAAUUGUCAGGGAUAUUUUGAAAAAGAUCUUUUUGAAACUCAUUCUAUCAGCUGCAAAUCUGGGACAUCUGUUCUUCCUUCAAAGGAAUUGCUCAAAUCAUUAAAAGCAACCAAUUCCCUUUCUAGCACCAAAGACUCAACCAAAGAUAAACCAGUCAAUGACUUAGAGCAAUUUAACAGAUCAUCUCCUCAACCAGUUUCAAAUUCUGCUGAUUCAUCACCAAUAUCUGUAUUAGAUUCUUCAGAAGAAGACUGUUGUGUUAUUUUCCAAAAUCAAAAUGAAAUGUAUAUUAAAGGACAUGGCUUUCCGCAAGCGAAAUCCAGUUCUCUGCCUUUAGAAGCUGCACCAAAAGAUGUCACCACCAAUGCUUCUCAAUCGCCUGUUACAGAUGACUUGAUUCAGACUAACAACAAGAUUGUUAAUAAAAUUAUUCACAGAAAUAUCAUCAGAAAUGGUAUCAAGUCACACAAUGGUAAAAGUUAUACUAAUUCUUGCGGCCGUUCAAAAACAAGCAAGUAUAACCAAAAGAAUGUGUGGCCUUGUUUGUUUUGUGGAAUAACUCAGGCAAAAUUAGCACGGCACAUACAAUUGAAGCAUCGAAAUGAAGAGCGUGUCCUUAAAGCCCUUCAACUGCCAAAACCACAGCAACGAGAUGCUUUCAAUAAGUUUAAAAAGGAAGGAAUUAGUAAUGCUGUAUCAUUUCGGAAGUCCCAGAAUCACAGUCGUAUCGGUAAUAUGGUAUCUAAAGCUUUCUACAAGAAACUACCGCGGCCUUGUUUUUACUGUGGGUUGAUGCAAGCCAAUUUAACUCGUCAUAUCCAAUUAAAACACAAAGAUGAAAUACGGGUUCAACAGGCUGUGGCUCUGCCAAAGUUAUUCCAGAGGAAUGCUUUUGAUGAAAUGAAGAAAGAUGGCAUCAAAAAACAAAACAUCCGACGCCUAUCUGAGCUCUCAAAGUGUAACAAGCUGGUCAAAAAGUCUUUUGCUGCUGCUAUUUCUAGCCUCCACGAUAACGUUAUCCUGUGCUGUCCACACUGUAAUUAUUCUGUUCACAAGGAUGUCUUAUCACAGCAUAUGAAGACUUGCAGGCCACUUGCUGCUUCAAAUGGAUCUGUGUUGACAUUAGAUUUAGCUGAUAAACAAGGUUGUGAAAGUAAUUAUUCUAAACAGAAUUUGCAAUGCCAAGUUCCUAGUUUAGAUGUAAAUUUGGUUGAAGAAGGGCACAAUAUCUGCAAGAUUGGCAUUUUAAACAAAACAAGGAAUAAUAGGAGAAAAGAUUUACCAAACAAUAAUGCUGCACUUCGGAAACCAUGCAUAUCAGAUGUACACCAUACUAAAUCGACAGGAAACGCUGAAAGUUUGGGAUUAGCACCGACUGUUGAGAGAGAUUAUUUUAAUACCAGAGUGUGUCCAGACAAUUUAGAGUAUUGUGAAGAUGAAAGAAACGAUUUAGAAGUGUCUUUUUCUGUAAAAACUACAAACCAUGAAGAUAAAUUAAAAGAUGUACUUAAAUUUAGUGAUACUGAUUCUAUUUAUGUGGAUGAGAUUCUGAUUGAACAAAGCAAAGACAAAGUAACACUGAACUUUGGUAAAUCAGAUUCUGACCUAUAUAGUAAAACUGACCAUAUUCAGAAGAAUAAAAGCCUUGAAUUUGUUAGUUCAGAGUGUGACUCACUCCAUAACAAGUUGGAAACUGUUAUAAUCAAAACUCCACAUUGUAAAGAAAGCUUGCAUUGCUCUACAUUGAAAGAGUUCCACACUUCACCUCAUUCUAAGAACACAAAUACUUUUGAAACUGUUGCCUUAUCACCGUUUUCUAAACCAUUUUCCUCUGAAGAUGAUAGCAGCUUUGUCAAACAAAAAGUAAAUAGUUACCAGGAUAGUGAUCUGAAUAAUGUCUAUAUCCAACAUCACGCAGACAAAGAAAUGUCUUUAAAACCAUCGAAUGUUACCCAUCGUUUUGGAAAUGGCCCGUACAAGUUACUGAAUCCCAAAACCGUGGAAAACAUCGAUGAAGGCAAAAUUUACAAACGUCCUGCUCGUCUAUGCCCAUUCUGUGGAAUAAUGCAGGCAAAACUGAGUCGUCAUAUAAAGUUGAAACAUAAACAUGAAGAGUGUGUGAAACAGGCAUUGAAACUACCUCUGCACGAACAGCGUAAUGCUUUUAAUGAAUUCAAAAGACAAGGAAUUUUGAAGGAAAAUAUGCGUAGAAUUAACAGUCUUUCUGAAUCUGAUUGCCUUAUCAUAGAGAGAAUUCCUUAUGGACAUAUAUCAAUGGUUGUGUGUCCUUAUUGUAAAGAAUCUCAGCCUAAAGAAGACAUUAACCAACACAUUGUUACUUGUAAGUCUGUUCCAUACUCCCUCGAUACUUCCAGUCAGCUUUCUAGCCAAGGACCAAAUUCUGACAACAGUAGUUCUAAAUCCUUUGAUAACGUUGACAUCCAGCCAUCUUCUUUAGCAGCCAUGUCUACUUCAUCAUCAUCACCACCACCAUCUUUUGUAUCUCCUGUUGAGAGGAAUGAUGAAAAUGAUAGUCAACGAGGUGUCUUAGACAACAUCAGUGAGUUGCAGAAUAUACAAGAUUAUAAUAUUGCACCGCCAAGUAGCAAGAAAAUCAAAACCAUUUUCAUUGCGCCAGAAGAAAUUAAUGUUGGAGACAGUGAAGUAAAGUUGAUAGAUGAAAUCGACCAGACAGAAAUAAGCGAUUCCUCAAAUAAACAGCAUCUUCUAAAUUCAGAGACUAUUGUAUUAAAGGAAGAAAUUCUUGAAAUUCCACCAGAUUCUUGCGACCAUUCUGAUGAUGUGACUGACUACAGUGUUCAACUAUCUAAUGCCAACCAAGCAACAGCAUUGUUUUUGAAGUCUGAAUUGAAUAAUGAUAUGUUCCAGCAAACAAGAGACCAAACCUCUGAGAAGCAACUUCUGUCAUCAAUCUCAGAGGAAAUGGAAACUUACAAUGAUAGUAAUGAUAAUAAUAAUAAUAAUAAUGAUAAUAAUAAUAAUAAUAUUAAUACUGAUAAUAAUAAUGGCAGUGGGAUUGUGAAAGAAGAGGUCGCUAAUGAAGACAUACAACUGAUGUCUCCAGUUUCAAUCUCAGAUUCAUCUGAUGAAGAUGCAACUUCUGGUCACAACUGUAUCUCAGGCUCUUCGGUAUUUGAUAAGCAUCUAUCAGUCAAGAGUCAGGCGAAUGUCAUAACAAUAGAGGAACAAACAGGUUUUGCUGGCAACAAACUGAGAACUUACAAAAAACCGUCUCGACCAUGUUUAUUCUGUGGUAUUAUGCAAGCAAAAUUAACGAGGCAUAUCAAGUUAAAACACAAGGAUGAAGAACGCGUUAAAGAGGCACUGCGGUUGCCACAGUCAAUGCAACGUAGGAUUUUUAACCAGUUUAAGAAGGAAGGCAUCAUGAAAGAAAAUGCUAAAAGGUUAACAGAACAAGAACAGUAUCAGGAAUUAAUUCCUGAGUGUACAUUCCAGCCUGAUUCCUCUCUAUGGCUUGUCUGCAGUAACUGCAAUGUAUUUGUAAAGAAAGAUGCGAUGAAGGAACAUAUGCAGUGUUGUAGCCUUGCACUUUCUAAUUUUAAUACAACUGAUUGGUCCUAUGAGCAAGAAAUGUUCACACAUUCCCCUGUUGAAAGUUUUCCUGGUGAAGGGCCAAACAAAAGUAUUUCCGUGUCUUCUCCUUCGUUGAAAGAAACUGAUCAAUCUUUUAAUUCUACUUGGCAAUAUCAACAGGAAUCAGAUAUUCCUUGCUCUGAUGAUGCCAAGGAGCCGAAUUCGGGGCCUUUUAUGAAUUUAAAGUUGAAAAAAGAAGUUGAAGAUUUAGAAGAUGAAAAUUGCAGUGCAGAAAAUACAUUGCUACAUGAAGAUGAUAUCAAAUUCCAAAGUAACCCGAUCCGGAUUGAACCAAUAACUGCUGUGUCAAACGAGGAUUUUGAGGUGAAAUACAAACCUGAUUUAGAUGAUAAUUCUUUUGAGAAUGGAAUCACCGAAAACCCGUGUGAUCCCAACGCUGAAUCAAACCAUGAUGUAGAUAACUCUCAGGAGAAUAUAUUAAAAGACUAUGAACAAACUCUGAGUAAUACAGAAUGUAAAUCUGAAAAUUUAGAAAGCAGAGAGCUAAUUGAAACCAAUACUCUCCUUAAACAAGAAAUGAGUGUUUCACUUUCUGUUUCUGAUGCUUUUGAUGAUGCUGAUAAAAGUGAUGUUGUUUCUGUCAAUAAUCCAUCUAAGCCACAUCUUCCGUUGAAUGGUUCAAAACCUUCAAGUAGUUCCAUUGUUAAAUGUAAUCAAAGUUAUUUUGGUAGAUCUUACAAGAAACCCUCCCGUCCAUGUCCGUUUUGUGGUGUAAUGCAGGCCAAACUCACUCGGCACAUCAAACUCAAACACAAAGAUGAAGAGCGGGUGAAGGAGGCGAUGAGCUUAUCCCAGCCGUCACAAAGGCAUGCAUUUAAUCAAUUUAAGAAAGAAGGCAUUUUGAAAAAUAAAUUAUCUCAAAUGGAAACUUGGUUUGACAAAGAACACAAGAUAGUUGGUCAAGUGUUGCCAUCUUGUCAACAGAAUGCUGUGUGUAGCGGUUGUGAUCAAAUUAUACCAAUGGAGAACCUAAGUGAUCAUAUGUUUCUCUGUGGCCGUGCGCACCUGCAAUUAACUGAUACGGUUACCGUUCAGCCAGUGACAGAACUCCCCUCCAAACCUGAUACAAUGGAUAAUUAUGAAAAUGGCAUGGAUAAAGAUGAUGACAAUGGUUCUGUGUUUGAGUCAAAUGAGGACCUCCCCACAACAUCUGUUGAAGUUGUCAACAGUGAUGAAACUAAGGAGGUGUAUAUUAUUCGAUUGGAUGCACCAAUGAAAUCAGAUAGUGAAAACAGCCAUGCUACCAUCAAAAGACUUUGUGAUAGUUCUGAUGCCAACCACAGAAAUAUGGAUUUUGAAAACAGAAAGGAAGUUCCAAACAUUACUAUAAUUGAAGAAUCCUUAACCAUUGUGGACCCUAAAAGAGUUCCUGAAAUGCCAGAUGCUGUAAGACCAAAAAGAAGCCUAUCUGAUCUUUCAGACAAUGAUUGUAAUCUCAUUCCAGAUAAUAUCUCUGAGCAGGAAGCUAAAUUUAAUCUAUCUUUGGAAGAACAGUCAUCAAUUACAAAGGAAAACAAAAUGAAUAACACAAUCCAGCAACAGUCCAAUAAUGCUCUGAGAGUGUACAAGAGGCCUUCUCGGCCUUGCCCAUUUUGUGGUGUAAUGCAGGCCAAACUAACACGUCAUAUUAAAUUAAAACACAAAGGAGACAGGAGAGUAAAAGCUGUCCUGCAGCUACCACAACUUUUGCAGCUGAGAGCCUUUAGUCAUUUCAAACGAGAAGGCAUCAUGAAAGAUAAACUCCGUCGAAUGGGUGAAUCUUCGAUGUUCAUGGAUAGUGAUGCUAUUGAAGACAUUGAGAGAAGGACAUCCAGAAAGCUUGUUGGUGGUGGAAGACCUUUGCACUCGCAAGGUUCUAACUGUCCACACUGCAAGAAGCCUUUUGCGAAAAGCACACUGAGAAGACACAUUGCAAAGUGCAAGUUCAAAUGUGCAGACAGUGCAACUGUAUCUACUUUGCAGUCAAACAGAAACAUAAAUCAUGGCAGCGGUGCCAUGAAUAGUUGCAACAGGGGCACUAGUUUAUCCCCAUUUACAGCUGUAUCAACAGAUUGCUAUCAGUUAGCAAAUAAUGUCGCCAGUUCACCCAAGAAUCCCACUGUUAUGUUACAGAAAGGGAAUUCUGUCAGAUCGAUUAAGAAAUCUGCUAAUGAAGGAGAUAGAAAUGUUGAAAAUAUCAUGUCUGUAGUUUCUGAUUUUGAUUUUAAAAGAAAUUCUUCUAGUUCUGUUGUUAGAAAUCAACAAGAACCAUCAUCUUGUUGUAGUGCUGAUGUCCCUGGUGAUAACCUACAUGAAAGGCAUAAAGAAGAUAGGCACGACCAAGAGAGCCAGAAGUUUCUGGCUUUUCAUUCGAACCAUCACAAGAAUCAGGAACAGAAACCGUUUGGUAGUAGAAAAAUCGACAAACCUGAAAACCAUUCCAAUAGAAACUAUAGACUACCUGCUGCAACCGGUUCUGUUGUUUUAGAUAUGGACUGUAGGCAGCAGCAGCAUAAACAAAUCAAUGAAUUUGAUGAAAACCUGUUGAAAUCAACUGCUUCUUCUGUAAAAACGAAAAAGUCUCCUUUGGAAAAUGAAUCACUUGCUCAAGCUAGGGAGUCGUCCAAAAUCAUGGGUUUGAAUGAACAUAUUAUUCCGAGUCACACCCUAAUUGACAGAUUUUCAGAGAAGCAGAUUGCAAAUGAAAGUCUUGUUCAUCCUGAGAUGAAAGGUAUUUCAGACCCCUCACCUGAGGUUUGGUCAAGCCAGGCUGAGUGCAACAGACAAAGCAAUUCAAUUGAAACUCCAUUUGGAACAGGUUGUCUAGACACUACCAGAAAUCAACAGUUUUGUUCUUAUCAAAUGAACACUGGUAAAUCUGGCCACGAAUCUCUUCCAAAACUUUUGGAACCAAUGGACAAUUCUGAAGUGAAAAAUAAUAAAUUUACUUGCCCUUCCCAAGACACCUUUUUUCUAAAUAACAUUAAUAUCAAAACGGAAAAACCAUGUUCCCCAGUUGAAGACUUAACUUUUAGUGCUUUAGCCAUGGAACAAAUGUCUUCCCUUAUUCAAGAUGAUUCUGGUCGAGAUAACCACUUUUCUAAAUAUCCCGAGUUGAAUGCAAUGGUUGAUUCCAAAGUGAAUUCCUCUUUCAUUUCUCAUCCAGAUAUUAGUAGGACCGAGUCUCAGAUAACGCUUUAUGGUUUAGAAACGCAACCUUCUUACGGUUUGCCACCCAUGUUCCCAUCUAAAGAUACCAAUACUUCUUUGUCACCUGUAGCUUCAAACAAAACCAACAUAUUGCCACCGCUCCCAGACGAAGACUUCAAAUUUGAUCCUGCAAAUAUGUAUUUAUCAUAUGAUUCUCAGGGAAUAUCCGUAGUAAACUACCAACCUGUUAACGACAGCAUCACGGCUGUUGGGAGUAGUUCUAGUGGCAAUGGAUGCAGUGCAACUACGAGUGGACAGAAGAGUUCACAAUCAUCAUCACCAAGACGUUUGGGAACAAACACUGGCGGACGCAGCAACGUCAGCCUUAAUUCCGGAAGAGGCACCUCUUCGAAUCGGAAACCUCCCACACCAUGUCCAUUCUGUGGCGUGAAACAAGCCAAAUUAAAGCGCCAUAUUCAGUUACGGCACAAAGAAGAGGAACGUGUCAAGGAAGCACUAAAAUUGCCUCCAAAUCUUCAGCGGGAUGCAUUUCACCAGUUCAAGGAAGAAGGACUGGCAAACGAACUAAAGCGAGCCAAUGAAAAUAACAUGGUGACAAAUACCAGUUCUAGUGUUCGGAAUGACAUCGCCAACCAAAAAGGUUCAGUUUCAAAAGUACUCUGUCCUCUCUGCGACACAUAUUAUGAGAAAGAUGUCUUACAAAUGCAUAUGAUUGGUUGUAGUUCAGCUCUGUCCAAUUUCAAUGCUUCUGAUUGGCUGACGAAUUCUGUUCCCGACCUUGAGCUAAGUACCGAGGCAGAUACGGAACAGUCGUCUGAAACUAUGGCUUCUUUGAAUCAGAUAUCACUGCCAACAUCAUUGCUGAAAGAGGAAUUCGAUGCACCUCCUGUUUCCGGUUCCAACGCCAUGAUGUCUCCCUACAAAGAUUUCUCGUCUUAUAUUACUGCUUCCACCCAACCAGAGCAAGAAUCACAUCAACAACAACAACAACAACAACAACAACAGCAGCAACAUCAGCAGCAUCAACACCAACAACAGCAGCAGCAUCAACACCAACAACACCAACAACAACAGCAUCAACAGCGGCAGCAGCAUCAACAGCAGCAGCAACAACAACAACAGCCCCAUCAACAGCAACACCAACAGCAACACCAACAGCAGCAACAUCAGCAGCAUCAACACCAACAACAGCAGCAGCAUCAUCAGCAACAGCAUCAGCAGCAGCAACACCAGCAGCAGUUACAAACUCAACAAUAUCUCGCGACACAAGACACAGACAUGUUUGGUGGCGGCAACCCAUUUGCGUCAAAUGUCGAUGGAUGUCACAUGGACUUUCGGAUGGAAUCGGUCGACAACAGUCCCAGGAAUUCCUCUAUGCAGCCGUUCAACGUCUCCACUUUCGGUUGCAGUUCUGUCGAAGAGAAUUCGUCUUGCGAUUCCUCCUGGAACCACAAGAGACCGAAUUCGCUCAGCCAUCAGCAACACCAACAACAACAACAACAACAACAUCAUCAUCAUCAUCAUCAUCAACAACAGCACCAUCUUCAUCAACAACAACAACAACAACAACAACAGCAGCAUCAUCAUCAACAACAACAUUACCAUCAGCAUCAGCAGGAACAACAACAACAACAACAGCACCAACAACAGUAUCUUUCACAGGAAAACUUAUACCAAGGUAGCGGUCAGCAACCGUCUUUAUAUAUAAAGGCUGGCAAACCUGAAGCCAUGUCCAGUCUAGCAUUUUCUGGUACAGAAAACUUUAUGUUGAUACCACCACCACCAGCACCGUCAUCACAUUCCCCAGUAAACAUGCCUUCUUCAUCUCCAGCAAUAAUGUCAUCUCCUCUGUAUGAGAUCAAUGGUGUCCAGAAUAAGUGGUCCCAUGCUGAAGGUAGCCAGCCUUGUGCCAUUGGAGUGUUAGAAGAAGGGGCCACGUCUAUAAAGCGUCAAAAGUUCAACAGCACAUCUCCGUCUCCCUCAUCGACUUCUCCCCUCGAUUUCAACCAUUCGCCCUUCACGCCCCCUCCAAACAGUUCCGUGGUCGGGCGGCACUGCUCACAGACAUUGCAGCCGCCACCUCCACCACCACCACCACCUCUUCUUCAACAACAACAACAACAACAGCAACAACAACACACUGCACCACUUUCCUCAAGAAAUUGCCAAAGCUUUACAAAUGCUGAGGACGGGUUUUCACCCGUAAUGUUGACGACAUAUAGAGAAGCAGAUGAUGAUGAUGAAGAAGAAGAGGAAAAAGAAGAAGAACUUGCCUGA